UUUUUUAAUAAAUAUGCAGUAUGAAUCUGUUCCUUAAACUGAAUAUCAAAAAUAUUCUGUUGAUUCCUCCUUACUAGGAGAUGCUUAAAAGAAUUUCGCUAAAAAAGUCUUUUCUAUUGUUGGCUUUUAACUUAUGGCCACUACAAUAAUUGCAUAUUUGGCAAUGAAUUACAGGUUUUUCGAGACUUUGUGUGAAAUUCUUUUUAUACCUGCAAUAAUUUGUGCAGUUGUAUCAGGAGUAUGGAUUUACUUAAGCAGAAGUAAAUUUAAAUUUUUAUGAAUUUUAAAUAGCAUCCGCAAGAAAGUUUCCAUUAAAUUACAUCUUACUAAGCAUUUUUACAUUAGGAGAAUCUAUUACCUUAGCCACAUCAUGUGCUUAAAUAGGAGACCCUGAAUUAAUUUUUUAAGCAUUCCUUAUUACGACUGUGAUUGUAGUUGCUUUAGCCAUAUAUUCAAUAACUACUUAAAAUGAUCUUUCAUUUCACGGAACAACUAGUAAAAAUUCAUUUCAAACUCUAGUCUUCCUACUUUCACUUGGUUGCGCGAUAGCAGGAAUAACAUAUUUUUUUUCUGGAAAUUCAAUGGCUUAUCAAAUCUAUUUAAUAGGAGGUGCUAUUUCAUUGGGAUUGUAUUUGGUAUUCUUAAAAAAUCUAAUUAGGUUUAUGAUAUAUAAUUAAUUAUGGGAGACAAGAAUCUAAGAUUAACUAUUGAUGAUUAUAUUUUAGGGUCGAUUUUGAUAUACACAGAUAUAAUCAGAAUUUUCUUGAGAAUCGUCAAAAUCUUACUGAAAGAGAAGAAAGAAAAAUGAACUCUAUUCAAUCUACAUUAAAUUCAAU